AUGUCGAGAGGGCCGCGGCAGUGGAUGCAAUCCGCAGCGUUCCUAAGAGAGAGCCUCAUGCCAUACUCCUGGUCUUACCUUCAGACACCUCUUUCAAACUUGACAAUAUGGAGCUUCUCAGAUGAGGAGUCAGGAGUCACAUUCCAGUCCUUUCCUCUCUUGCGGACUGGCUUGGAGGCAAAUCCAUCAAACGGGCACAUCGAGGGGGAGGAAACAGGUCUCCAGUGUCUUAUUGAGAAACGUGGGAACCGAAAUCACGUUUUUAACAAUAAGAACUCCGUGGAUGACAUUAAAGUAAUGGAGCGACCGGAGAAGAUUGAAAAAGAUAUGGGUUUAGCGAACAAAAACUCCCAGCAAUCCUCUGAGCUGAGGCUUGUGUUGCUGGGAAACCGGGGAGCAGGGAAGACUUCACUGGCCAACUCCAUCCUUAACACCGAGGAGCAUUAUUUGAGGAGAUCUUCUAAGUGCGUGAAAAGGCAGGGAGAAGUGGCAGGGAGACGGCUAAUGGUGGUUGACACUCCAGGGUGGUGGAAGAACCACUUAGCCAAGGAGACGCCUAGCUUUCGAAAACAGGAAAUCGCGCUUAGCGUCACCCUUUGCCCGCCGGGUCCUCACGCUUUCCUGUUGGUGAUACGUCUAGACGGCGCGUACAAAGAGAAAAACCAAAGAUCAGCUCGAGAGCACCUUGAGCUUCUGGGUGACGGAGUUUGGAAACACACCGUGGUAACGUUCACAUACGGGAACCAGCUGGACAGCAAAUCUAUCGAACGCCAAUCUGGUACCGAAGGGGAGGCCCAUCUUCAGUGGCUUGUUGAGAGAUGUAGAAACAGGUAUCUUGUUUUCAACACUGAGAACAAGGACAAUUUUCGUGAGGUUGCGGAACUGCUAGAGAAGAUAGAGGAGAUGGUUUCAAUGAACGGUGAAAGUUAUUAUGAAGCAGAUGCAAAGAUUGUACAAGGAGUAAUGAGAAGACGGCAGGCAGAGGAGGAAAAGGCAAAUAAGAGGAAGUUAAUCGCACAGAAACAGAGGGAGAAUCAGCGAAAACAAUGUCUGUCAAAGAUUGGACUCGUUUUACUGGGUUACAGAAGAGCAGGGAAAAGUUCAGCUGGGAACACCAUUCUGGGCAAAAGAAAGUUUGACUUGAAUAGGACAGCUCAAUGUAAAAUGAGACAGGGGGAAGUAGCAGGGAGACAGCUCUUCGUGGUGGACACCCCAGGCUGGUGGAGAAACCUCCCAGUGAAAAACACUCCCGAACUGCUUCAACAAGAACUGUUACUCGCCGGAUCUCUCUGCCCCGGCGUGGCCCGCGCCUUCCUCCUGGUCAUACGCUCCGAUUUCUCCUUCACAGAGGAAGAACGACAAGCUGUAGAAGAACACAUGAAGCUUUUUGGUACAGAGGUUUGGGAUCACACCAUAUUACUGUUCACCUUUGGAGAUUCUCUGGAGGACACGACCGUUGAGCAGAACAUUGCGAGCGAGGGAAAAGCUCUGGAGUGGUUUGUGGAAAAGUGUGGGAACAGAUACCAUCUUCUCAACAACGAGAACUGGGGUGAUGGCUCUCAGGUUACCGAACUGCUGGAGAAGAUAGAGGAGAUGGUGGCAGGAAAUGGUGGCUACCGUUACAAAAUGGACAAAAAGAUUUUAAAGGAGGUUAAGAAGAGGCGGAAGACAGAAGAAAAGAGAGCAAAAAUGAGGUUAAAAGAACAAGAAAAGAAGACUAAACUGAGAUCAUUUGCAGGUGAUGGACAUUUUGAAGUUAGUCUUGUGCUUUUGGGUUAUGGAGAAGCUGGGAAGACCUCAACCGGAAACACUAUCCUGGGCAGUGAGGAAUUCAGUUUGACAAGGACUUGUCAGAGUGUGAAGAGACAGGGACUCGUGAUGGGGAGACAGCUGACUGUCGUGGACACGCCAGGCUGGUGGAAGAAUCUUCCUCUGGAACGCACUCCUAAAACAAACGCCCGAGAAAUCGAGCUCAGCGUUUCCCUCUGUCCACCUGGCCCAUAUGCCUUCCUCCUCGUCCUCCGUUUGGACAGCUCUUUUCAAGAGGAAGAGAGAAAAGCGGCGGAAGAACACGUGGAGCUUCUCGGCGCCAAAGUCUGGCGCCGCGCCCUGGUGCUCUUCACGUGUGGAGACUGGCUUGGGGACGCAACUGUCGAGCAGUACAUCGAAAGUGAAGGAAAAGCCCUCCGGUGGCUUAUUGAGAAGUGUAACAGCAGGUAUCACGUUUUCAACAACAAGAACAGGGCUGAUGGCUCGCAGGUCGCUGAACUUCUGGAGAAGAUUGAGGAGAUGGCGUCAGGCGAUUGCCACGAAAUGGACGUGCAGCUUUUACGGGAAACGACGGUCAGGAGGAGAAUGGAAGAAGAAAGAGUAGAGAAGAGGGGGAUAAAAUUGUAA